GUGACGGCGGUGGUGCGCUCGUGGAGAACUUCACACAGGGCCCCAACACCUCUGCCAUCUUCCGCAGCUGCCGGGCAGGAGGCGGCCUCCACGCCAAAGGUGGCUACCAGCAGGAAGCCGGGAGUUCGGUGCUCUUCGAGCACUGCUCGGCAAAAGGUGACGGCGGGGGUGCACACUUGAACCAGACCUUCACGCAGGGCCCCAAUAGCUCUGCCAUCUUUCGCAGCUGCAUGGCGGGACAAGACGGAGGUGGCCUCGAUGCCUCGAACUACCAACAGGAAGCCGGGAGUUCGGUGCUCUUCGAGAACUGCUCGGCGGAGACCCAUCAGAGCGUCUUGGCAGUGGAGGAUAAGAUGAGCUUCGCAGUAUCGGGGCAAACUUUGCUCCUCUGCCUGCUCACUGCCUUCGCGCUUGCAACUCCCUCGUUGGGGCUGGGUCCUCUCCAGAGGUUCUACGUGGUCUUGCGCUGUGCGGGCCUCGACUGUCCGGCCCUCUUCUCUUCCGGGAGCAAUGAGCAACUCUUAAGUUCGAUCGAAGUCCUCGCGGAGGGCCACCAGAAGUUCAUGGCUUUGACUUGGCCGGAAGAAGGAAGAACAGCCCCGGUCCCCGAGGCCCUUGCCAUUCCCGUGAUGAGGCGUCAGGAGGGCCUCCUGUUUUGCAUUCCGUGCGGGUUUUUGUCUCUUGCGACGCUGGACGAAGGCGAAGGUGCCGAGGCUCAGGCUUUGAUGGGCCCCUCUCACCAGUGUACCCUGGCUUUUGGCUCGGUGGACGAGCAAGGAGUCGAGCAAGCCCUAGACCUGGAGCUGGCCGUACUACUAGUGGACUUCGGUGCCGAGGUGGUUCCUCUCUUGAGGGACUUGGGGGAGGACCUUGCCGGGGACAGCAUCUUCCCGUUCGACUUACACCAGCCGGAUGCGUUCCCUUUGAGCGACGACUUGCUUGCAGUCGCAAAGAGAUGGGUGACCGAGGCCGGUGUGGACCGGACAGCCUUCUACUCUGCCCAGGAGGAGCCUCCUCCCGAAGACCCAGGGCCAAUGGGAAAGGCCAAAGCAAAGAAGGCAGCUGCGAAGAGGAAGGUCACGACAUCCGACCUGGCCCAGCAGAUGACACUUUUGACUUCGAUGCUGCCGCAGCUUGCCGAUCAACUUUCAGCGGUCCGGGAGAAGCAAGAGAGCCUCGAAAAACAAGUGCAAUCCGGCUCCAUUGCUGCUGCUCCGAGCCCGGCCAAGCCUGCGCAUCAACAGCCUUUUCUCCCUGCCCAGGGCCCAGGUCUGCCAGUUGCGAAACAUGCUUCGCUUGUUGGCCCACCGCCCCGCACAAAGCCUCAAGAUGCCACUCUCAAUCCGGCCGCCUCGGCGCCCACAAGAUCGCCUGCCGCUGCUCCGGGUGCUGCUGCACAGGUGCCUCAGGAUGCCUUUCAGGAAGCCAUGCUUCAACAGAGCCAGGCUCUUUCGGCUCUUUUGGGUCACCUUGUGAGCCAACAGGACGGGGGACUCGGCGACCUGUCUGCCUCAAGCUCUACGAGCUAUGUGGGAUCGAAAGGGGCGGCUCGCAGGGAAAGGCUUCAGGGCGCACGGGCUGCGAGGUUCGGGGGCUUUGCUGGCCAGCGCGAGACCGGGUACAUCAUGUGGUGGGACUUCGCAUGGUUACUGACAUUGCUGGAAGACAAGAGCGUUCUCUCCUUUGUCACCGGUGGGAUGGACCACCUGCGCGCUUCAGUACUUGAAGGCCUCCUCCUGGACUUCUUCGUCCGGUGUCCUCCCUUGGAUUUGCUUGCCAGGCCUGCUCCGCCUUCAGAGGUCAUCUUCCCAGCGUUCGGUGCCUCGGUCGGUGAGUUUGCUCUUGCUGAUUCUGGCCGCCGCAAUCCCCAAUUAGUUGCACGGCUCAAUGAGCUCACGGCCUUUCUUGCAGCCUCCUCGGCUGCCACGGGGGACGCUUAUGCUGAUCGUUCAGGUACUGUGGUCCCGACGCACAACGAUGCUUUCCCUGGACUUGAGCCCUUUCGGUCCCUGGAUGUCUCUAGACUGCGACUUUCUGGGCGGGGUUCUUGGGACCCCUCGCCACAUCUUCCGGAGGAGCUCUACAUGGCCUUCUCGGAGCCGCGCUCUCUGCUGCAUGGACUUCCCCCUCCUGAGUCUUUUGUUCCAGUGUGGAGCCGUGAAUCUCCUCGCGAGGUUGCCUCCCUGGCUGGCUUGUGGGACACUUUGGGCCUGCUUCGCCUCGCGCCAGCUACUCUGGCUUUGUCUGAGAGCUACCUGCUCGCCAGGGCCUUCAACUGUUACAAAGGCCCCGACAAGGACCGGAUGAUCAUUGACAGAAGGGGCCAAAACUGGGCCGAAUCAAGGUUGUCGGGGCCCAGUCGCUUUAUACCUGUGGGGCCCAUGCUUGGAAUGUUGGAGGUCCGGCCUGCGUGCCAGUCCAUCUUCUGUUCGGCUGCUGAUAGAAAAGAUUUUUAUCAUCAGCUUGGAGUUUCAGCUUCGAAGGCAUCUUCCAAUGCCUUGGAUCCGGCCCUCCCUCGUGCCGCUGUGCGCCGCCUCGACGCCUUUAAGCACCUCCAGCCUUCGCCUUGUGACUCUGGCACGACCGCUUUUGGGGUGACGAAGGAGGCUGCUUCGCCUUCCCAGCGUCGGCCUCUGCUUUUUGAUUCCGACCACUACCUGGUCUGCUUCGGCGCUGUCGCCCAGGGCGACCAUUUGGGAGUGGAGGUGGGGCAGGCCUCCCACGAGGGUUUGCUCAUUUCUGGUGGACUCUUGGAUCCCUCUGAAAGGUUGUGCUCGAAUCGACCCUUCAAAGGCCUCACCGGCGCACAGGGCUUGGUGAUCGACGACUUUUUCUCUGUGAGCGUCAAGGCCAUAUACCUCCGUGAGGGACUCAUGGGGUCGGACGACAAGGACAUCCUAGGGAAGGAGCAUGCCAAGAUAGCUGGCGCUGAGAUCAAUUCAAGUUUGUUUGCCCGCUCCCGUGGAUUGGUCACCGUUGCGGCGCCUGCUGCCAAACGAGCCGCUCUUGCAAUGGUCUCGCUUGAGACGGCCCGACUUUCGCAUGUUACCGACGCCCUUUGGUUGUCAGUUGUGGGGAGCUGGACGUCGGCCGCCUUGUUCAGAAGGCCGCUCAUGUCGGUUCUUGCUUCGGUCUACGAGGUCGCCCCCGCCAGUGCUGUGAAGACAGGCCACCCGGUUCUCUACUCGCUCUCUCGUGCCGCGGCGCAGGAGCUCGUUCUUGUCAGCCUGCUGUCUCCCCUCGCGUCUUGUGACCUCGCAGCGCCUCUCAAGCCAGACAUAUAUGCUACCGAUGCUUCAGAGCUGAAAGGCGGUUACACCGUCGCCCGUGCGGGUGUUGACAUCGUCCGGCCCUUGUGGCGAACUGCUUCGAAGAAGGGUGGCUAUAGCCGUUUGCUUUCUAAAGAGGAGGCGGUUCUUGCCAGGUUUGACGACAGGGAGCCUUUUGAUCUACGGAUGCAGGGCUCCUCGGUUCCCUCAGGACCUCAGCGGCCCCUUGCGUACUUCUUCGACUUUCUUGAGGUCAGCUCCUGUGGCUUGGUUUCCAGCCUCCUCGCUGACAGGGGUCGUGCCGUGGGUCUUUUGAGUGGGUCGUUCACUUACUGCAGCAUGGCAGAGUUAAGAUUGGCCAAGAUCUGGCAAAAUGACCGGGGGCCAAUUGACCCCUCAUUCUGGUACUUCAGUUCCUCGCUUUUGGCCUUGACCCCGCCCCGCUUUCAGCUCCGUGUUGUGGUUGUACUAGCUCUUGCCACUGUGUUUGAUUCUGUACUGCGUCGAGUGUCCCAUGUAAGGUGGCGGGCAGGUGACGAUUGGUGUUGGAAGUCUGCUGCGCACAUCAAUAUCCUCGAGGCUGCUUCCAUCCUGCGUUUGGUGCGUGCUUUGGCCCCUUCGGGCCCCUGCCGUGUCGUCAUCCUUGUCGACUCUGCUGUUGCAUUGCAUUCUUGUGCCAAGGGCCGCAGCCCCUCGCGAGGUCUCACGCCUGUCCUCAGGAAGAUUGCUGCCCUUUGCCUUAUCGCCGGUGUGUUCCCUGCCUUCCACUUCGUGCCUACCAGGCUUAACCCGGGUGGGCCUCGAAUUGGGCUCGUCUGGUCUGCCUUUGCGUCCAGUCGCCUCCUGCCUUUCGGCCUCACCUUGGCUGGCGUGGAUUUUUCAGGCCUUCUGGACCUGGCUCCCUCCAGCACGAAGCUCUUGAACAGGUUCUUGGUUUCCUAUGGAAGGCAGUUAUUUGAAGCAGGUGCUGAUAGCUUCUAUCACUUUGGCUUUGAUGUGGGGCUGGCCGAGGGUGGCAGGUCUGACCUCCUGCUGCCACAAGACGUCUCCAACACCAUCAGCUACGCGCUUAUUUCUAUAAGUCGUUCAGAUGACUUUUGGUCAUUUGUCUCCGGACUGCAAGCUUUGGCCCUCUUCCCCCUCGACUUUGCGUUCAAGGGUCGCUCAGAGCUGGGGGAGCCACCUGGCUUCUUCAAACUUCAGAGGAUUCCGAGCUGGUUCGCAGACGCGGUCGGUGCUUUCUCUGUCAGCACAGCUGCAGUCGGCCUCGACGCCUACAGGCAAAAACUGCCGAGCUUUUACAAGCUGCUACAAUGGGACAACCGCUUACGCAGACGCAGUGCAGAAAAGGUUGCUCUUCAAGGUUGGGGCGGCGGCGGUGCAUCCGUGGAGAACUUCACGCAGGGCCCCAACAGCUCUGCCAUUUUCCGCAGCUGCAGGACGGGACUAGACGGAGGCGGCCCCCACGCCAAAGGCGGCUACCAGCAUGAAGCCGGGAGUUCGGUGCUCUUCGAGCACUGCUCGGCAGAUAGGGACGGAGGCGGUGUUAUCACCGAACGCCUGGAGGGCAACGGCUCAAUGCACUUCAAGGCAUGCCGGGCACAC